AUGGAUCCUCUGUCUAUCAUUGCCAGUAUUGCAGGUAUUGCAACAGCAGGCACAUCGCUCUCCAAAGCGAUAUACCAUUUUAUAUCCUCCACGCGCGGUGCCUCGCGUGAGAUGGCAGACAUAGCGCGCAAUAUCUCGGAUCUAUCUUGUAUUCUUUCAGAACUUCGUCGGGUACUGCAGGAGAGCGCCGAUAUAUGUACUCGCAAACCUCUCCGCCAAAUAAAGUCCGCAACUCGCCGUAUAUCCACGAUACAUGAUGAUAUAUAUGCGCUUAUGGACAGCAUUAGGGGCUUUCAAACUUUUAGAUGGAGCCUGAAGCGGUCAGAAGUGCAGUAUAAACUUACGUUGAUCGAGAGCCAUAAGACUGCUAUUCAGUUGAUGCUCAACAUUCUGAUUCUUGCAGCGACAACAAGAAAGGAAGCACAAUACCAAGUCAUUCAGCCAACUUCCGCCAGUGAAGGCAAGCAGAAAGAACCAAAUUCAGAAAUCUCUCUCCUUCGCCAGCAGUCAGAGAACCUCGCCUACGCAGCUUCCCAUUGUCUGGUAGAUCUCUCGGAAAACCAGGAAUUUGAGGCUAGCCGAUCAUCAAGCCAACCAAAGACCGACUCUGAUAGUGAUAAUGACGAUGUCGCGGGGCAGGUGCAGAUCCGUGGCCAUGGGCCAUCUGACGGGACAGGCCGAUGGCUUUUUGAACUUUUGUUCGAAAAUUACCCUAGGAGUGCACAUGAUUCAGAGACUCUUGAGCAGGGUAGUGGAGAAGGACAUCAAGGUCCAGCUUCUGACAAGACGGUCCUCGUAGUCCGAACGCCAACAGAAUUGCAAAUGGCCAUUUAUGAACCCGGAGCAGGUCAACUUCUUGUUGACACACUUCUAGCGGACUGGACGUGUCUUUCUCACGACGAGGCUACUGGGACCUUCGUGUGUAAGCCUGAGAUAGACAAGGUGAGACCUAGUAGUCUUGCUCCCAAACAAAGCGACGCCAGAGUCGUCCGUUUCAAAGAUGCUGUUGGUCGAAAAUUCACGUUCCCAUACCCUCUUGUUCAGAAGUGGGAGGCAAGUUGUAUCGCUUUAUCACGAUGA